CUCCCACAACCCUCUGCUCCGGGUCCUCCAUUCCAGCGCGCUGGAAUUUCACCACAGUUCGUUACAGUUUUUCCAGUGUUUCGUACAUCUCACUGCUACCUAAGAAUGACACACAGUGGACACUUGGUCCUUGUCUGAGCGAUUAAUGCAGAUGGCAGAAUUUGGGUCGUGGAUCUAACAUGAGCCCCGCAUCUUGGCGUCCUACCCAGCUUCAGCAGUCUCAGCUCCACCCGCUGGAGAAUGAAUGGGCUUUGCACAGAUUACAAAGAGCACUGAAGCACAGACUGCAGCGCUGAUACUGUCUCCUUCCGGUUGCUAUUAACAGAAAAGUAAAUGUCGUCAGAAGACCGAGAAGCUCAGGAGGAUGAAUUGCUGGCCCUGGCGAGUAUUUAUGAUGGGGAUGAAUUUAGAAAAGCAGAAUCUGUCCAAGGUGGAGAAACUAGGAUCUAUUUGGAUUUGCCACAGAAUUUCAAGAUAUUUGUGAGAGGCAAUUCAAAUGAGUGUCUCCAGAAUAGUGGCUUUGAAUACACCAUUUGCUUUCUGCCUCCACUUGUGCUGAACUUUGAACUUCCACCAGAUUAUCCAUCCUCCUCCCCACCUUCAUUCACACUUAGUGGCAAAUGGCUGUCACCAACUCAGCUCUCUGCCCUCUGCAAGCACUUAGACAACCUGUGGGAAGAGCACCGGGGCAGCGUGGUCCUCUUCGCCUGGAUGCAGUUUCUUAAAGAAGAGACCUUAGCAUAUCUGAAUAUUGUCUCUCCUUUUGAGCUCAAGAUGGGUGCUCAGAACAAGGUGCAGUGGAGGACAGCUCAGCCCUCCCCCAGCACAGAGGCGGAUUCUGGAGGAGCGGUUGGAUCCAACGCAGAAGACCAAGAGGAAGUGGUGGAUGAGAGAGCUGUGCAGGAUGUGGAAUCAUUGUCAAGCCUAAUCCAGGAAAUCUUGGACUUCGAUCAAGCGCAGCAGAUGAAAUGUUUCAAUAGUAAAUUAUUCCUGUGCAAUAUCUGUUUCUGUGAGAAGCUGGGUAGCGACUGCAUGCACUUCCUGGAGUGCAGGCAUGUGUACUGUAAAGCGUGUCUGAAGGACUACUUUGAAAUCCAGAUCAAAGAUGGCCAAGUUCAGUGUCUCAGCUGCCCAGAACCCAAGUGCACUUCCGUGGCCACCCCUGGGCAGGUUAAAGAGCUUGUGGAAGCAGAGUUAUUUGCCCGGUAUGACCGCCUGCUUCUCCAGUCUACCUUGGACCUGAUGGCAGAUGUGGUGUACUGUCCGCGCCCAUGCUGCCGCCUGCCUGUCAUGCAGGAGCCCGGCUGCACCAUGGGCAUCUGCUCCAGCUGCAACUUUGCCUUCUGUACCUUGUGCAGAUUGACCUACCAUGGGGUCUCUCCGUGUAAGGUAACGGCAGAAAAAUUAAUAGAUUUACGAAAUGAGUACCUACAAGCGGAUGAAGCCAAUAAAAAGUUUUUGGAACAGAGGUAUGGUAAGAGGGUGAUUCAGAAGGCUCUGGAAGAGAUGGAGAGUAAGGAGUGGUUGGAAAAGAACUCAAAGGGCUGCCCAUGUUGCGGAACUCCCAUACAGAAGCUGGACGGCUGUAACAAGAUGACAUGUACUGGCUGUAUGCAGUAUUUCUGUUGGAUUUGCCUGGGUUCACUUUCUAGAGCAAACCCUUACAGACACUUCAAUGACCCUGACUCCCCAUGCUUUAAUAGGUUGUUCCAUGCUGUGGACGUUAAUGGAGAUGUCUGGGAAGACGUGAUUGAAGACUAGUGGCUCAUGCUCACGAGACAGGGGUGGAGUUGUUUGCCCUAAGCGUUUCUCAAGUACACUAAGAAGCUUCUCAGGAUUUUGGGAUGCCGUGCAUGCACUCUUCCUGAGUACCAGA